GUCGUCUGGCUAGUGUGAGAGUGCGAUCUGCUGAUAAGUGUGCGUGUGAUCCCCGCCCGUGAAUGCGCCUGCCUUGCCGCCGGCAAUGACCUCCGCCGUCGCGAGUAACCUUGUCCCCGCGGCACCCGCCGCGUCCGCGUAUGGGUGUCGCCGCGCCUCGUUCGGCCGUGACGCGCACGCGCCCGAGGAGACGGCGCCGGCGGCUGUCGUCGUCGUUUCUUCUGCUUCGCCCGUGCACCCCGCCGUCGCCGCGCCCGCCAUCUCCAAGGACUUCAUCGACUUCGAGUUCAGCCUCGGCGGGGGCGGCUGUGCCGCCAGCAUGCUCCCCGCGGACGAGCUCUUCGCUGACGGUAAGCUGCUCCCUCUCCGCCGGGCUGAUGCUGAUACUGCUGCUACCGCUGCCGCGCCUGAGCCGGAGGCUGCCGCGGCGACGGCACCUCCCGCGCGGCUGUUGGAGGCAAUGCCGGCGUCGCCGGAGCCGAUGAGGCCGAUCCGCGGCGGCGCGGCGGCUGGUGCUGCCGACCAGUACGUGUUCUCGCCCAAGGCGCCCAGCUGCUCGAGCCGGUGGCGCGAGCUGCUCGGGCUCAAGAGGGCGGCCGCGGCGCAGAGCCCCAAGUCGACGCCCUCGCAGUCGCAGUCGCCGUCGCCAGCGGCCGCAUUGGCAAAGACCCCCGGGAGAACGACGGCGACGACGGGCUCGUCGGCGGCGAGGUCGCUCAAGUUCCUCCUGCAGCGGAGCAACGGCGGGCGGGCGUCCACGGGCACGGCCUCGGACCUCGCGUCGGCGCCGCUCCUCCGCGACAGCUCCGACUCGGAGGCCUCGCUCUCGCUCGCCUCCUCCCGCUUCUCGCACUCGUCCUCCUCGUCCUCCUCCGGCCACGACCACGACGACGUCAACCCGCGCUUCUCCCUCGACUCCGCCGCCGACCCAAACCCACCACGCCUCCGCCUGGUCCGCUCCUCCCACCGCCACUCCACCUCCAGCCGCGCGGCCCACAGCCCGGCGCGCCGCCGGCCGUCGCCGCCCAGGCAGCAGGACGCGUCCAGAUGCCUCUCCGUGGACUCCCCGCGCAUGAACUCCUCGGGCAAGAUCGUGUUCCAGCAGGGCCUGGAGCGCAGCUGCAGCUCCCCGUGCAGCCUCCACGCCGCGGCGAGGUCGCGGUCCAUGGCCCGCGCCGUCGACCGGUCCUACUCGUCCGGCGUGCGCGUGGCGCCCGUGGUGCUCAACGUUCCGGUCUGCUCGCGGCCGGUGUUCGGGUUCUUCAAGGACAAGAAGGAGUCGGCGGCCAGCAAGGACUCGUCGUCAUCAGCUCGGUCGUCGUCCCGGGCGUCAACCCUUGGCCGGAAGCAGACGCCGACGCCGACGGCGGCGCAGCGGUGGAGCGGCGAGCUGCCGAGGCCGUGCGGGUGAUCCGUCCGUCCGGUCCAAGAGACGGCGGGCGAUCGUGCAUGGAAAGCGACGGGCUAGGCUAGGGACGCAAUGAUGGACGAAAAGAUGCAUAGCGCUUUGGACGUUUAGUUGGUUUUUUAACUGAUUUGGUUUGUUCUUUCUUUGGGAUGCUGAUGAGAAGGUCUAAUCAAUUGACUGUUUUCUUCUUUUUCGUUUUCUCUUGACUGUAAAUUUGGAGUUUUGUCCUUCUCCUAAAUCCUCAGGUUCUGUUGUAGCUAGCUAGCGCAUCUGAUUCUGAUUUGGCUGCUUGCAAGAAGAAAAAAGAUCACAAGAUGUUUUCUCCAAA